CCCUACUGCCAUCGACUGUCAUCCACCGAACAGCUGUUUGGUUAUUCAACUUAUAAAUAAAAGUAAAGUUUUUGGGAAAUAAACAAAAAGAGUGACUGAAAGAAAAACAUGAGGCACGUGCAAUUUCUAGCCCGCACAGUGCUGGUGCAAAAUAACAAUGUGGAGGAGGCGUGCCGUCUGAUGAACCGUAUUCUCGGCAAGGAGGAAAUCUUUGAUCAGUUCCGUCGCACGCGUUUCUAUGAGAAGCCCUACCAAGUGCGCCGCCGUGUCAAUUUCGAAAAGUGCAAAGCCAUAUACAACGAGGAUAUGAACCGGAAAAUUCAAUUUGUGCUGCGCAAAAAUCGUGUUGAACCGUUUCCGGGCUGCAGUUAGGGAUGAAGCUUUUUAAAAGCGAAUUGUUGUUUUUAAUGAAAUAAUAUGUAGCAAGUGUCAUAAUAAAACAGUAAUUAAAGUAAUUGGCUGUUAAAGGCAA